AUGGAAGAUUUGCGGCAUGGCCGCUCCACUGCCUGCAAAGCUGAGUCUGCCGCCAACGUGGCGCCUGUAAACACUAUUGUUAAACUGACAGAGGAGCUCUUUCGUCGGCUGAAGCAGGGCAUAGAAGAGGUAAGUUGUUUUUAUUUUGGCACCGACAAUGUUUUUGCUAGGUCUCCGACCCGGGCUCUCUACCCAAAUUCCACAGACCUGAACCGCCUCGGGUGGCCACAUCUGCUGCCCAGACCCCAAAUUCCGGCCAACUUGCAAAAACCCCGGAGCUCUGUGGCUUCUUUUGGAAAACCGGAGCUUGCCGAUAUGGCGACAGGUGUGUCUGGCUAA